GAGCCUUCUGGCUCGGACGGAUCUUACGAGCUCGGUACGAAGCUUGUAACACAUACAUACAUACAUACAUAACACCAGCAACGCGGAAACGUACUUUAUAACGGACUGGGUAUCUGUGGAACGAGGCUUGGUGUCCUUCGAGGUAUAUAGGUGGGCCUUGGCGUCGAACGUCGUCGCCAUCCCUACCGUGGCGAUCGGCCAUACCGGCCUUCUCAGGUCCUCACAAUGGCACUGAAGUUCAAUACACUGGUCGUUGGGUUGAUUCUGGUGUUUGCGACGUGCUGCGCUGCAGAUGCCGGUCACGCCGACAAGAAGAACGGAGCUAAACCUCCAAAGCCCUUUGAUCCGCCUAGGCCUCCUAGAAGUCCUGUGGAGCCCCCAAAACCUCCGCGAAGCCCUGGGCAUCCGCAGCAUCCUGUUGAGUCCAGGCCCCCACGGCCACCUACGGAACUGUUGCCGCCCCGCCCUGCUAAGAGUUCCGAGCAUGAAGAAAAGGAAGUUGAGUCCUCUGGCAAGGGCCACAAGAACGGCAAGUCCCCCAGCGUUGCUGAGCCCCCCAAGCCGCCCAAGAGCCCUGAGCAGCCCGAGGAUGACCUGAAGCCCCCUCGCCCGGCGGAGUCCCCCAAGGCUGGCAACAAGAAAAGCCGCAAGCUGCUGUCAUCCAAGAGCCCUUCGCCUGCCAAGAGCCCUUCGCCCGCCAAGAGCCCGAAGCCGCCCAGCCCCAGUCCCCCGCCGCCCAAGCCUCCCAAGUCACCGCACUCGCCCGAGCCGCCCAGCCCCAGCCCCAAGCCGCCCAAGUCGCCCAGCAAGCCCCCAAAGUCGCCCGAGCCCCCGAAGUCCCCAAAGCCCAGUCCCAGGCCUCCCAAGUCGCCUGAGCCGCCCAAAUCGCCCAACAAGCCUCCCUUUUUUAGGGCGCCGAAGCCACCUAGCCCUAGCCGCAAGCCCCCUAGCCCCAAGCCUAGCCCUAGCCGCAAGCCCCCUAGCCCCAAGCCUAGCCCUAAGCACCGUAACUGAACUCCCGACCCCAUAAGCAAAGGUCCAAGGCAAUAAGGCAAUCACGCGGCGGCAACGUGGCUUCCGCCCGCCUUCCGAAAUACAGUCCCGUUGUUGUUGUCUAGACUCCCGUGCAUGUCCGGCGUGUUUACAGUGAACCCUGGCAAGGCGUGAGCGUGCAUACUUAGUCCGCCUGUGAGCAGGUUUUGUUAACUGUGGAUAACGGUUAUGUCCUCCGCAUUAAAGCACUAGUCUGUGCAUGCCAGGUGCCUAAGAAGGGUCCCGGCUGGUGAUGUUGUUGCAGGGUAUUCAUGCGUAUGCACUGUCCUUAACGAGCCGAUUAUAUCCGGUUACCUAUCUUACCCCGUAAACUGCGCAGUUAUGGUCAGUUAUCUGGUUCAGGCAGGUAGCAAUCACCUCCUAGGAUGUAGUUACAUUGUGGGCGUGAUCUUCUCAAUCUGCCGGUUUGCAUCUUGAUUGGAGUCAGCUACGCAUGCAUGGUGCCGAGCAUGUGUUGAUGGAUGUUGUUUCCACUGAGGCAGCAGGAACUCAUUAUUUCAGUGUAGGGUAGAGUUCACUACCUACCGUACCCGUGUACUCUCCAGGAUCGACUGUAACAGCCAUUCAUUCAUGGAUUAACCCAGAAGUGAUGUGGCCUGUAGCCUAUGCACCACAUGACGUGCCCUGUCAUGCCUACCCCGGGGUAAGCGUAGGGCCAGAAAGCGGUUGUG